GGGUAUGGUUUUCUUUCCGGGUUGUCUUCUCAAAAUAAGUAAGGAAGCAUGCAAGCUAGCCUAGCUGAAGGAUUCCGAUGUGCAAAUGUGUGAAUUUUUGUUUGAGUGUAUUUGAGACAGAGUUGGCAUACAGUCUGAAAUGACGUAAAAGCGGUGGCUUUAAGUUAUUAGUGAAAUAUAAACACUAUCAGCAUAAGAUGAUAGAACCAGAGCUACUGACAGAGGUCCCUGCUGCACUCAAGCGGCUAGCGAAGCAGGUGGUGAGGGGUUUCUAUGGAGUGGAGCAUGCCUUGGCCCUGGAUGUACUGAUCCGUAAUCCAUGUGUACGUGAGGAAGACAUGCUAGAGCUGCUAAAGUUUGACCGCAAACAGCUGCGCUCAGUACUCAACACCCUGAAAGCAGACAAGUUUGUCAAGUGCCGCAUGAGAGUGGAGACUGCCCCUGAUGGCAAGACAACACGGCACAACUACUACUUUAUCAACUACAGGGUACUCGUCAACGUGGUGAAGUAUAAAUUGGAUCACAUUCGGCGGCGCAUUGAGACAGAUGAACGAGAUUCCACCAACCGUGCCUCCUUCCGGUGCCCCUGCUGCUCCUCCACCUUCACAGAUCUAGAGGCCAACCAGUUGUUUGACCCUAUGACAGGUACAUUUCACUGCACCUUCUGCCAGACGGAGGUAGAAGAAGAUGAAUCUGUCUGUCCUGAUGCCAGGACACUGGUGGCACGCUUCAAUGAGCAGAUCGAACCCAUCUACGCUCUGCUACGUGAGACUGAAGAUAUCAACUUGUCCCGUGAAUUGCUGGAGCCUGAGCCUACUGAGAUCCCUGCUCUCAAACAGAGCCGUGAACGUGCUGCAGCAGCCGCAGGAAAUUCUGCAAGUGGCCAGUACCGUGAAGCCUGGUCUAACAAAACUUCAUCCUAUGCUGACAUGUACACCCAGAAUGUGGUUAUCAGCAUGGAUGAGCAGGAUGACCAGCAGAAACAGCCCAAUGACAGCAAGGCACCUAAGGAGAGGCCUGUGUGGAUGACCCAGAGCACCGUGCAGGGUGCUUACAGUGAGCCUGAUGUCCUCAAGAAUCGUGGAGACAUUGUACCUGAAGGUCUGGAUGGAGCAGCUGGUCAUGGAAUUAAGGCAGAUGAAAAUGAAGAAGUGAUGCGCGCUCUGCUCAUCCAUGAGAAAAGGGGUGUAGCGGGAGCAGGUGGAGGCGUAGGCGGAGCAGGUGCUGCUGCUGCCAGGGGGCUUGCCUCCACUACAGCUAAUGCCAGUGACUCAGAGAGCGAUACCAGCGAAUCAGACGAUGACUCCCCAUCAGGUCCGCCCCCUGCCACAGCAGCUCAGCAUCGGGCCGUUGAGGAGGAGGAAGAGGAUGACGAUGAGUUUGAGGAGGUGGGGGAUGAACCGAUGGUAAUGGUGGGGGGCCGGUCGUUCUCAUAUCGAGAGGUGAGCCAAAGGCCAGAGCUAGUGGAGCAGAUGUCUACACAGGAGAAGGAGGCCUACAUUGAAAUGGGAAGGAACCUCUUCCAGGAUAUGUACUUCUGAACACGCACAUACUUAUAACAUAUACAUACAUUUACACACACAUGAAACAAUUUGAUGCAUUGACUUUGAGUUCCCGAACAUGUACCUCUGCUAUCUCUCACCAUCACCGGGGAUAUCUGAGUAAAUAUUUGUGAACACAACUUCUCAAGAGGGAAACAAGAUGCUGCUCAAGAAGUAUUUACAGUCAGCUUCAUGCUCCUGCGUUACAAGAGCAAAGGGCAUGCUUUAACAGUAUUGCCUAAGUGAUCGUGAUCACAGUUGUAGUAUUUUAUACUAAGUGUUUUGGAAAGUCAACAAACCAGAAGGGAGCUGGUCUUUUGCAAAGAGUGCCAAUUAGUUGUUUUGUUUUUUAUUUUCAUUUUAGCUCUAAGUUGAACAAGCUGUUUACACCAGACGAUAACAGGACAGAACAGUUUUUUUAGCUGUUCAUCUCAUACAUUAGGCCUAAGAGAAGCAAGCAUAUGUGUUAAGGCUUUGUCUGUUUUUGCAUAUGUGUGUAGCUGUAUAGAUUGUGUAUUGGACUGUGAGAACUGCCAAAAGAUGUCUGAAUGCACAGCAGUACUAGCUGAACACACUGAGGAACGUGCUGCUUUCACUGUGCUGCAGGUAUAGACAACAAGCUAAUAGGCUUGAUGUAAAGAUGAUGAAAGCUCGUCUCAGACAAAUGUUGAUUACAAGAGAGAAAAGAUGAUAUGGGUAAACUGGUAUGGUUAACGGUGAAACAUUUAUUUUGAGUGCUAUGUAAUAAAAAUAUACUGCAGUACAGUGUAGUAAACGUGUUAAAAAUGGAACUGAAGUCAGAUAAUAGAAUAGAAUGGUUAAUGAAAAGCAUUGUGUUACACACUUAAGACUCAAAAGCAAUUCAGAAUGUGAAAGUAUGGGGGCACUGUGACAUUUGUCUUGUCGUAUAGGUGAGCGUCAUUGCACACUAUGCUUCCGUGUUGGGAUAUGACUUUAUCCCGCACCGUGAGCCUGGAUAAGUUCUAUUAGCAGCGUGGGGGUUAAAAAGCCAGAGUUAGAAAUCAAUUUAAAUGGUCAAUUCUGUUCCAGAAUCUAAGCAGCAAAAGAUACGAGACUGACGGACUAUGAAGACACAUCAUUUUGAAUUCAGUUUUAAAUUUUAUUCACUUGAUAAAAAUAAAGAGUUUUCUUUUAA